AUGGCUACUAGUAGGUCAUCUACUCAGGCCAAGCCAGCGAACAACCAGAAGCCUCCCGGGCCUCGCAGCUUGAUGCUGGCUUUGAACAUCCACGAUACGACUUCCGUUCAAGAGCGUCUCAUGCGCAGGGCUGCAGCCAGCGUGAGGCCAGCAGAAGCAGUCGACCAAAGCUCUAAGAACAAGCUCAGUGAAGCAAACCACGACGAUAAUAAUGUUCAAGACCUUGAUGAUUUUAUGAAAGCUGCUUCUUGUUUACAAAGUAUGCCGUGA